UGGCGGCCCAAUAACAUGGACAAAGAUGCAAGCGCGGAGGCCCUGGGCUGGACGCUCUGCGCCGUGCUUGGUUUGAGCUAUGGCCUCGUGGCCGGCGUGGCCGGCUGCCGGGCCCUCAAUCUGCGGGGCAGGGGGCACGGCGGGCCGUGGACGACGCAAAAGGUCCUCCACCUGUUGGUGACGCUCUGCGCGGCGGCGCGCUGCGCCUUCUUCGCGCACGCGUCGACGCUGUGGGACUGGGAGGCGGGGACCGUGUCGGCGUUCGCGACGCCGGCCCCGAGGCUCGCGUUCUACGUCCUGGACCAGCUGCCCACCACGGUGCUCUUCACGAUCUACGCGUCCGUGGCGUUAUUCUGGGCUGAGAUGGUCUUCGUGGCGACGGACGGCGCGCUCCUCUACGAGGACUACGCACGGCCCGCAGACGCCGUCGUGAACGCGGCGACCUACGCCCUGCUCGUCAUGCAGUGGGCCGCCCUGGCCGAUCGGAGCUACGCCUUCUACGCGCCGGGGCCCUAUGCGCUGGUCUCCGCGGCGCUCUACGCGUUCGCGGCCGCGCUCCUCGUCGGCUUCGGGCGCGCCGCGGCAUACGAGCUGCGGCGCGUGCCCAUCGAGGGCGUGCUGCGGCGCAAGAAGCUGCGCGAGAUCGGCGCCCUCACGUCCGCGGGCGCGUUGGCGACGCUGGGACGGAGCGUCGCGCUCCUCGCGGUCCGCGACCGGCCCCUGCCGCUGGAGGGCCCGUGGGACGCGUUGGUCGCCGCGGGCUAUUUUGGGUUGCUCGAGCUCGCGCCCGUGCUCCUCGUGCUGUACUACUACCGCCGGAUCCCGCGGCCGCGCCGGCCGGACGAGCACGCGGCGCUGUUCCCGCUCAAAGGCGCGGGCCGCGACGCGCGGGACGCGCUCCGGCGCCUGGCCGAGCUCCAGUUUGAGCCGUUCGAGCCGGCUGAGAGCGUCUUGUAA